AUGGUGGCUAAAAUCAGCAUAGCGUUAAACCCGCCCUAUAACAAUGUAUACUAUAGUUCAAAUGAUACCGUUUCAGGAAACGUGAGCAUAUCUUUGAAGAAAUCAGUUACAAUAAAACAGAUAAAUGUUCUUUUGAAGGGAUAUACUGAGACCGUAACCAAAAUUGAUCCCAUUAGCCUGACCAAUCCCAAUAAUAUGAUGACACCAGUGCAGGAUAACAAAUCACUUCACAAUUUAGUCUCAUUAACGAAACGCGUCUUCCCCCCUGAUAAUGUGUGGGAUGCCAUCGAAGGCUCUUCGAAGCCUUUUAAGGUCAAACCGGGAGUUUAUGAAUACAAAUUCCAGUUUCCCAAAAUGCCUAAGAAGCCAAAAUGCUUGAUAAAUCACACCAAGGAUUUGAUAUGUUUUACAAAGCAAGAAGAGACAAAUAUUCCACCAAGUUUUAAUAAUCAUUGGAAGGAUUUAACAAAAAUUGAUAAUCUCGACUUAUUUUACUAUUCAUAUGGCAAAGUAAUUUAUACCGUUCAAGUUCAAAUUGAGCUGGGAAAAUCCACAUCAUGGUAUAAGCCUUUUCACAGAAUUAUCAGAGAAAUAGAGCCCAUUGAAUUCAUACCGGAGCCGGCAGAACUGCUUUACGAUGACGGAGAAGACGAAAGUGAACGAGAAACUAAUGGUCAAUCCACGGGUGGAGGAGAUACUAGUAGUAGAAAUCUCGGCCUAUCUAAUAAUAGUAGCGAAGCGUAUCUCAACUCCAUUGAAACAGAAUCGAUACAAGAUUAUAACAUGAGUCCACAAAUGCUAGAACAAGAGAUUGCCGGUCCCUCACUCCUCUCUAACGAGAGAUACAAAAGAUAUAGAUCAACCUACCGCAUGGGAUUGCCAGAUGGUGUAAGUUCAAUGUGGGUUGAAGUAAGAAGUCGCAACAUGAGAGAAACUUAUCGAAGAGAUUUUCUGUUCAAGAAUGGCAGUGGGAAAUUUGAUCGAGUUUUUCUGGUGUUGAAAGGAAACAUCAAGCAAAUUUGCAAAUUGAAUAUAGCUCCUCUGAGUAUUCAAUUCAAUUUAUUAGAGACAGUCACGUAUCUUUCACAGGGAAUUGCAAAUGAAAAUUUCUCCUCACUGAGGUUAGUCGAGAUCAAUAGCUUAUCACCCAAAGUACGAUCAAUAAUGAUGGACUUUGCGAAGGUACGGGUCGUAUCGAGCAGUAGCCAGAAUGGAGUUGAAGGUAAAUUGGAAUGUGAAAUUAAAUUGAAGGAUAAUCCAAUCCUGAAGAAAUUAAAAUUUAAUGAGGAGGAUUAUCUGCAUCGUGGGAAUAGACUUUACAGCUUCAAAACAUGUUCAAUAAAAAGAAUUUUCAAUUUCCAAUUGGUCAUCAAUUGGGAAAUCAAUGGAUCACUAAGACAAACGGAGAAUAUCAUCAAGCCCAUGCAGAUUUUCGUUCAAGCAAACGACAAUGUCCAAAGUGACAUUCUGCCAAAAUACGUCAACCCACCCUUGUAUUCGGAGGGUUCGGCGUCUAUGAAACAGUAA